UUUCGCCUUCCUCUGUCUCUUUCACACAACGACGGCGCCGAUCCCCCGUCACCGCCGAUCGUCCCUCACCGCCGCUGCUGGUUUGAGUUUCGCCUCUCUCUCUCUCACACACGAUGGCUGUUGCUCCCUCACCGCCACUCCUCCCUCACCGGCGAUCCUCCCUCACCGCCGAUUUUCAAAGGAAAGAAACACCACUAGGAUUGGCUACACAAUCUGCUCAUUCAGUGAGCAUCUUGAUUCUGUUCUUGAUGUUGUGAGGAAGGAGAUUGAGAAUUGUGAUUGCUUGCAAGGUAAAGGCAUACAGGAAAGAUUCCAAUUCAUGGUGAUGCUUCUGCCAAAGCCACUUUAUAUAGGGAUAGAUUUCUCUUGUUGCUCCAGAGGCUUUCUUGUGAUCAGCAUUUCUAAGCCUGCAUUUGAUACUGAAAGGUCUCAGUUCGGCAGUUGUGAGAUAUCUCCAAUUCAGAGUCUCAUUGGGCUAACAGGGAGAAGAUGGGUCAUGGGCGUUAUAUGUCAGUCAGAGGAUGGCCAUUUCUACUUGGAAGACCUCACUAGAGCAGUUGAAAUCAAUUUGUCUAAUGUAAUAUUUUCUUCACGUUUAUAUUUUUCCCUUUCGAGAGACUUAUUGUCUAUUUUGAAUGCUUGGAUUUGGGCUGCCCUAUAAUCUCCAAAAACAAAAGUUCUCAUUGUAAGCCUUUUUAAAUAAUGAAAAAUAAUGCAUGAAUGUUGAGAUUUUUGCAAA